AUGUCUGUCGAAAUCGAUCCCCCCGAGCUGGGCUUCAAGCGUCCUUUUAGCCAUGAAGUGUGCCAGGUUCUGCACCUGCGCAACAACGGACAGCAGCCGGUGGUCUUCAAGGUCAAGACUACUGCCCCGAAGCACUACUGUGUGCGCCCAAACUCCGGCCGUAUCGAGCCAGGUCGUUCCGUCGAUGUCCAAGUUCUCCUGCAGGCUAUGAAGGAUGAGCCGGCCACCGAUGCCAAGUGCAAGGACAAGUUUCUGGUCCAGUCCGUCGCAGUUGUUCCCGACAUGGAGCAUGCUAAUGUGACCUCAAUUUUCGAGAAGUCUCCCAAGUCUGCUGUGGUGGAGCGCAAGAUCCGUGUGACCUGGCUGCCCUCGGACUCUGUUCCUGGCGCGCCUCCGAGCCCCGAGAAAUCGGUAUGUCUUAUUGUGGUAUGCACAGAUGGUUUAGAAACUGACAUUCUUCAUACAGGUCGUCGAAGAGGUGAACCCUGCUCAGACCUCGCCUGGUGGAAACUUCGAAACCCCCGCUCCUGGCUUCAAGAAAAGCGCCGCCGAACAAACCUCCCCCGUCCCUGCUCCCGAUUUCACCGAAAAGACCACCGCCGAGUCCCCCCGCCCUCUGAACCCACCAGCACUCUCUCCAACGCCAAGGCCGCCGUCGCCAGCGCUCUCCCCUCCAGCGAGGAGCUCAAGUCCCAGCUUGCAGACGCCAAUGCUCAGAUCCAACGGCUCAAGGACCGACUGGCAGACCAGGGUUUGCGGCAGCGGAAGACCGGCGGCGAUGCCAAGGCAGCUCCUGCGACUAUGCAGCAAUCGCAUGCACAGACCGAGUCCGGCGUGCCCGUGCAAAUGGUCGCAGGACUCUGUCUGAUCAGCUUCCUAAUCGCCUAUUUCUUCUUUUAG